CAUAUACAACUACUUAAAUACCAAUAUGCCAAUCUUGACCGUCCAAAACUGAAGAUUCUCUGUUUCCUCAGUCAAUCUCAACGCUCAUACGUUUCUUCUGUGUUUUCCAAUUUCCGAUGCUCUCUCUCCCUGCCUGCGGCAAUCAUCACUAGAUGGCGUCGGCUUCCUUUGGUUGUCAAGGAAACCAGCAUUUCACCAAUUUUCUCUGGCCGGAAAGUAACCUUCCGACUGAUCUAAGUGCUCGUAUUGGGGCUCGCUUCGUCGCGAUGGAUGCUUGUUCCAGAAGGAAACGAUGGAAGAUUUGUUCAGUGUCGAUGAAAGCCCGGACGGGGACGGGAAUGCCGGUGUUAAAGCGUAAGAAUAAGAUAAACGACAGUGGUGAUAAGGCAGCGGUUGUCUAUAAGAAGUUUGAUGAGUGGAUGAAAGAUUCGGUGAUGGAGAUCGUCAAGAACUUAAAGGAAGCGCCGUUGUUGGUUCAGGUUUACGACGAGGGAGAAACGACGACAUUGAAAACGGAGAAGGCGAUGGAGGAGGAAACGUGGCCUGUGGUGUUGGAAAAAUGGGGGAAAAGAGAAGCGCCAUUGCCAGAAGGAGUGAUAUUUGUGGAGCAACUAGAGGAAGAGGAAGAAUGGACGUCGACGAAGGCAUGGGGGAUAGUGGUGCAAGGGAAAGGGGCAGAUUGUGGACCAGCUUGUUAUUUGUUGAAGACAAGCAGGGUCGGGUCAGGGUUGGACAUGUGGUGCACCCAUUUCUGCCUGAUGAGGGUCAAGAAUUUUGAAGAGAGUGCUAUGUCUCAGCUUAAAAACUGUUGGUUGCUACAAGGGCAUUGACUUGAAGAAGAAGAAGAAGAAGGAUUUAGGUUUUAGAUGAUUAAUUAGUGGCAUAAACCAAUCGGGUAAAUAAGAUAUUGGGUUUAGGAUGUAAAUGAUGAUUUUUAAUAGGAAGUAUCAAUCAAUUACAGUAAGACAUCAUUCAUGAACUUGCAUUGGAACAUUAAGCUGCGCUUGAUUUCUUACAUGCUAUCAAUUAAUCCCAAAUCAGUUUAAU